UAUAGCUUUUGUUGAACUUCCGGUUUGAAACGAAUGUUUCAACGCUGUGUUGGGAUUUGCUGUUCUUGUGUGUUAGUUUCAUAUUCAUUGUAAACAAAUUGUUACACAGCUGUGGUUCAAAGGAAAAGGGGGAAUUAUGGAUCUCAAGCGGAAAGCCAUGGAUGGUGCUUUGGUACCUAUGAAAAAACCAAGACAUGAACUUGUUGCUGUUGGAAGCCAAGGGGCAGGAGCUCUUGUCCAGUCAGGACCACCGAGGACGUCCAACCUUCUUGCCCCAAUCAUGCUCCUGACGGGCCACGAGGGGGACAUCUUUUGCUCCAAGUUCUCUCCGGACGGGCAGCUACUCGCUUCUGGUGGCUUCGACAGAUUGAUUUAUUUUUGGACAGUAUACGGAGAAUGUGAGAAUUUUGCCAUGCUAAAGGGCCACACUGGAGCAGUUAUGGAACUCCAGUAUUCUACAGAUGGAUCCAUGCUCUUCUCAGCGUCCAUAGACAAGACUGUAGCAGUGUGGGAUAUCGAGGUCGGGGAACGGCUGCGCAAGUUGAAAGGUCACCAGACAUUUGUCAACACUGUGAGUCCAGCGCGCAGGGGUCCCCAGCUCAUCUGUAGUGGCAGCGAUGAUGGGACUGUUAAGACAUGGGACGCUCGCAAAAAGGGCACGAUCAACACUUUCCAGUGUACCUACCAGGUGACCGCCGUGACCUUCAACGACACCGCCGAGCAGAUCAUCUCUGGUGGCAUAGACAAUGAGCUGAAGGUGUGGGACCUCCGCAAGAACGCCGUCCUCUACAAAAUGCGUGGCCACUCUGACACAGUAACUGGCCUAGAAUUGAGCCCUGAGGGUUCCUACCUCCUCUCCAACGCUAUGGACAACACAUUGAGAAUCUGGGACGUGCGACCGUUUGCUCCUCAAGAGCGAUGUGUGAAGAUCAUGUCUGGCCACCAACACACGUUUGAAAAGAAUUUGUUGCGAUGUUCGUGGUCCCCGGACGGCAGCAGAGUGGCCGGGGGUUCUGGCGACCGGUUUGUCUAUGUCUGGGACACGACGUCUAGACGUGUGGUCUACAAGUUGCCAGGACACGCAGGCUCUGUCAAUGAGAUCGACUUCCAUCCUCUCGAACCUAUCAUUUCCUCGUGUUCCAGUGACAAGAAAAUUUUCCUCGGAGAGCUGGAAUGACCUCUGACCUUUCUGCCAUGCCAUUCGCAAAAUCUUCAUAGUCACCAUUGAGUUGUCAUCCCAUGUACGGAAGAGAGAUACAAGAGCAGGAACGAUUGAUCGUUGACCAAGGAGUGAGAGAAAGAAUGAGCCUGCGUGUCGUGUAGCAGAGAGAAGGAGAACUGUCGAGUGAACGAGAGGAAAGAAAGCUGGAAUGUUUUAAUUUUGUGUGUGGGGAAUAACUGAGUGUUGUUGUUUAUAUCUCUCUAUGGAAUUGUUAAUAAACUUUUGACAAAUA